CUUUCAUUUCACCACCAACAAACCCUCAAAACUCUCCCAACAACAUUAACCCCUUCAUUCCAAUGGCACCAAAAGCAGAGAAAAAGCCCGCAGAGAAAAAAACAGCAGCAGAAAAGAAACCACGAGCCGAGAAGAAGGUCCCAAAGGACGCAUCAUCAACCGACAAGAAGAAGAAAAGGACGAAAAAGUCAGUUGAAACCUACAAGAUCUACAUCUUUAAGGUGUUGAAGCAGGUUCAUCCUGAUAUCGGAAUAUCGAGCAAGGCAAUGGGAAUCAUGAACUCGUUUAUUAAUGAUAUAUUUGAGAAGCUUGGUCAGGAGAGUUCGAGGCUAGCGAGGUAUAAUAAGAAGCCGACUAUUACUUCCAGGGAGAUUCAGACUGCUGUUAGGCUUGUGUUGCCUGGUGAAUUGGCUAAGCAUGCUGUUUCUGAAGGGACUAAGGCUGUCACCAAGUUUACUAGCUCUUAGAUGUUGUUGUUGUUUGGAUUUUACUGUAAAGUGAAAUUGAAUCAAUCUAGUGGUUAAGAAAGUUGUAUUGGUUGGUUCUGAUGAGUGAUUAAUAUGAAACUUUUACUUUUUGGUA